AUGGUUUACCGCAGUCUUAUUGUCGGAUGCUUUUUGAUUGCACCGCUCGUUACGAACUCGACCAGUCAAGCCGAAGACAUCGACUUGACUCGCCUGAACGAGCGGAGGGAGUCUGCCGAGGCACAAAGAAUUCGCUCAGCCGAAGCUUUGCUGAAAGAGAAUCGCAAAGAGAUUGAGAGGCUGCAAAAGCGAUUGGAUGAAACUCGCAAGUGGACCCAAGCCCAAUUCAAUCUGGCAGAGCGCGAUGAAAUCAAUAAGCCUGAGCUUGUCUCUCAGUUGAUGCAACGAUGGCAGAAUCAUCGGGAACAGGAAAUCCAUCGAUUGCUUCAGUUUCCAGAUAAGAGUGCCGGGGGAAUCGAGUCGGGGAAAGCCUUAAAUACCCUGUUGAAACAUGUGGGGGCGGCGGCUUAUCAGAAUGACAUCGCCCGUCGGGCCAACCCCGAUCACGCAACCCCGCUGUAUGAGGCAACUGCCUCCACGCUUGUCGAUGGAGAUCUGCUUAAGCAUCUUUCUUAUCAGUCGAAGACAUUGGGAGCAAAAGCAGUCGGACGCUUCAAUGAUGCACCCAUGGAUAUCAAUUGGCCUGCGGAGCUGAAGCACGAACGUUUUGAGAAGCAUCGGUCGAUGAUCGAAACAGGACGAGAUUCGCUACUCAACCAAUUAGGGUCGAACCAGGGGAUCACGCCCGAAUUAGAGGCACAGCUCCGCGAAGCAGUGGCCGUUUUGAAUCGAGACUUUCAGCAGUAUCGAAAAGAGUGGAUUCAGAGCCCACCAUCAUCUGGCGAAUCGCGGUCCCACAAGUAUCGAGACCUCUGCAACGCCGAGCGGCACAUUAACAAGCUUGUUUGCACCGUCUACCAAGUGGUCGAGGCUUCCGGCAUGAAGGAUGUGAUGCCCUCAGAGGAGUUUAAGCCAGGCAACAUCGAAGCAUUCUUGGCCUACAUGCAACGUCACAACAUCGAGUUCGCCGCCCCGUCCAACGCGAUCGACCGCAAGGCAUAUUACCAGGUUUUCAACAUGAUGGUGCGCUAUUACCUAGAUCUCGCCGCCGCCGCCAAGGCAGAGGAAUUACUAGAGGAAGAGAUUGACUACUUGAAGGAAACGGACAAAGAACUGACAGAUGUCGUUCUAGGAAAGACCCUCUCCGCUGAAACUCAGGAUCACUGCGAGAAGGACGAGACGCACGAAGGUGGUACAACCAGUAACGAUGUCCCAUGGUGUCCUUCUCCCUAA